UCGGGGAAGGCAGCGGGGAGGUGGUGGGGGGCUUCUAGAAAGUGCUAGAUUCUCCCUUCCAGUGUCACCAACUGGGAGAGAGACUGCGAGUGGGGGCGGGCUGAAGUUGCGGAGUCUUGAGCUGGCGACACGCAGAGGUUCGGGGAGGAGCGAGAGCAGGAAGGAGGAGGCACGAGGGAAGAAAGGAAAGAUCGCAAAGAGAGGUGAAGAGGAGAGGAGAGAAGACCUGGGGCUCAGUUAUCGGGUUGAGGAGGAUUCAAAACACUCACCAGGAAUCGCAGAAAGGACCACGUCAUCAUGGCCUCAGUGUCCACUCAUGAAAACCAAGAGAAAAGCCCCCACCUGCCACCACUGGGCAAACAGAGCCUGUUGUUUUGCCCAAAAUCAAAACUUCACAUCCACAGAGGAGAGAUUGCCAAGAUUAUCCGGGAGUGUCAAGAAGAAAGUUUCUGGAAGAGAGCUCUGCCUUUUUCUCUCGUAAGCAUGCUCGUCACCCAGGGACUUGUCCACCAAGGUUAUUUAGCUGCUAAUCCAAGAUUUGGAUCAUUGCCUAAAGUUGCACUGGCUGGUCUGUUGGGAUUUGGCCUCGGGAAGGCUUCCUAUAUAAGAGUGUGCCAGAGUAAAUUCCAUUUAUUUGAAGAUCAGCUCCGUGGUGCUGGAUUUGGUCCUGAGCAUAACAGGCACUGUCUGCUUACCUGUGAGGACUGCAAAACCAGGCGUGGCUUAAGUGAGAAAGUGUCACAGCCUCCUGCUUCAUAAACCAUGUCUGUGGCUCUCAGUGAUUUUUAAGCCUCUGAGUUUGUACACAUUUAAACUUUCGUGUGCACUUUAAAAUAAUACACUUCUGUUGAAACAGAAACCUUGUAAUUCUCCCUCAUUCCUUUGAUGUGCUAGCUGUUGAAGGCUCUCGACUGACUCACUGAAGAACACCUUGGGAGCCAUCCCACAAUGCCCAGACAAUGAACUAACACCACCACCACCACCACCACCACCACCACACACACACACACACACACACACACACACACACACACACACGCUUGCUUAGAGCUUCCUGAGAGAACUUGAGUGGUUUCUGGGGAGCCUGCCCUGCAAUUCUCUGGUAGAGAACAGGGUGAUGUGGAAGUUAGGUGGGAAGUCAUGACCCAAAGAAAACUCAUUCAUAUGGAACUAGAAAUCCAAGGAAGGUUGUGAUUUAAUAUUAGAAGUCCACCCUAAAGUCUAGGGGCUGAGAUCUGCAGCUUCCUGGAAGGACCACUGGAGGCCUGAAUUAAUUCUAAAAAGUGAGAAGCCUUGGAGCUUUCAGGAGCUCAGAGGCAGCCAAUGGCAUGAGCUGGUCUCCUUCUCCAGACAUGUUAAAUGGGAAGUGUGGGCCUUCCUUUCUGGAACCUUUGCUUUACGGCAGGUUGGCUGAACCCCUUGUAAAAUCUGCCUUUGCAUUUGCAGCAUCUCAGGAAAAUGCUUCAUGUACAUAUCACCAGUUAAAUAUGGGGUGUGUGGGGUACGCACAUGUGUGUGUGUGUGUGUGUGUGUGCUCAGUACAUUUAUAAGCCUGAACAGUGGAGGUAAAAAGGGAAAUUUUACUAAAGGUUAAUGUUUGAUGUGAAAAUUUUCAUUUUAAGCAUCAAAAACAGGUGGAAGUUUAUUUUUGUGUGAACGUUAAGUAAAUGAAAUGGACUGA